AUGAUGAUGAAGAAAAUGAAACUACCGUUGUAUCUAAUUGUUUGUCUCUUCCUUUGUUUGGCCGUCUUAGCUGCCAGCCAAAGCAGACCUACAUUGUGCGUGUCUCGGAAUUCCACAUUCCAGCUGUUUUCUCAGCCAAGACGUGGUACCAGUCAGCGCGUUGCAGCUUCAGAAGAGGUGAGGAACAUCAUCUACACUUAUUCCACCAUCCUCAAAGGCUUCGCCACCCGGUUGAUUGAAAACGAAACCGAGCUCCUCCGCCGCUUGCCCGCCGUUCUUUCUGAGCUGCCCAAGACAGUGUUCCAGCUCCAGACAACACGGAAGCCUCUGUUACUUGGGCUCAAUCCAGCUACUGGAAUUCUACUGGACUCAAAGGAAGGGGAUGGCAUUAUAAUCGGAGUGCCUAACACCAGCGUUUGGCCAGAGAGCAGGUGUUACAACGAUGCCAGACUCGGCGCAAUUCCGGCCAAGUGGAAGGCUCGUUAUGAAGCAGUUGUCCCCGUUAAGUCGAGAUCGCCUAGAGACGACAACGACCACAGCAAGAACACGUCGAGCAUGGCCGGUGGCAUGCGCGUCCCCGGCACGAGCUUCUUCAGUUAUGCAACCGGGACAGCGACUGGAAUGGCAGCGCGUGCUCGCACCGCCGCCUACAAGGUGUGCUGGGCCAGCGGUUGCCAUGGCUCUGAUAUCCUCAGUGCAAUGGAGAAGGCAGUCAACGAUGGGGUGGACGUCCUUUCUCUUUCCCUCGGCGGCCAACCCAAAGACUUCACUUGCAAUUUUAAUGAGAGUAUUUUAGUCAUUUCAUACUUAUGCACAAUUUAUAAUAUAUAA